AUGAAUUCUAAAAUUGUUGUAUUCUUCAUUAUUGCUGGAGCUGUCGCUGCUCUCUUGGACAUCGAAACUGAUCCAUUAUUUCCACAAAAGGAAGUUGCUGCAUACAAUGAUCAAUUUAAUAUUGAAUCCCUAAGUGAGUUCUAGAACUGUUCUACGUAAAAGAAACAAUACAAAACUUCUCUAAUUUCCAGCCCUCGAUGAAAUUUUCGUGCCAGAAGUCGCUGAAUAUCUCAAAGUUGUUCUUCCACCAACUCUUCAUCUAAUCUCUUCAACUGCUGAUUAUAUUUCAUUCAAGUCACAAAGUUUGAACAGUACUUAUGAUAUUAUUGAAGAUAUCGUAUAUAGAGCACAAUUAUUAGCAAGAUUAUUGCAAUAA